CCCCUCCCCCCGCCCUUGAGGCUUGAGCGAUCACCAUCCACAUCACAGUAGCCAUGAAACCCUCCUUGCACAAGCCACCUCCUAAAACUGUUGGUAUCGUCUUCCUCGCUCUCGCCCUCCUGGCUUUCAUAUACCUCGUUAUCUACCCGAAGGAGUUCGAGCUCCAGUCGUUCGUCACCGCGUGCCGCUCUUCGUCCGCCGCUGCCGUCACCCAUUUCACCGAGCCCGUCACGGUGAAGCCUGACUUCCGCCUCCUCAUCGGCGUCCUCUCCCGCGCAGAUCUGUACGAGCGCCGCCACCUUCUCCGCCUCGUCUACUCCCUCCAGACCAACCUCACCGCCCACGUCGACGUCCGCUUCGUCUUCUGCAACCUGACCAAGGAGGACCAGCGCGUGCUGAUCGCCCUGGAGAUCAUGCGCUACAACGACAUCAUCAUCCUCGACUGCAACGAGAACAUGAACGAUGGCAAGACGUACACGUACUUCUCCAGCAUUCCCAAGCUGUUCAACGGCGCCGAUGGCGACGACCAGCCCUACGACUUCGUCCUCAAGGCGGACGACGACAUCUACUUCCGGCUCCCCAAAUUGAUCGAGUCGCUGAACAAGAUGCCGAGGGAGGACUUGUACUAUGGCUUUGUGAUCCCCUGCGACAGCAUGGAUCCGUUUAACGAGUACAUGUCGGGGAUGGGGUACCUGCUCUCAUGGGACUUGGUGGAGUGGAUAUCGACGUCGGAGAUCGCCAAGAACAACACCGUCGGCGCCGAGGACAUGAUGACCGGGAAAUGGCUGAGGGAAGGGAACAAGGGAAAGAACAGGUACAACACCAAGUACGCCAUGUACGACUUCCCCAUCCCGGUGCCCAUCGACACCUGCUCGCACGAGUUCAUGCCGGACACCAUCGCCGUGCACCGGCUGAAGGAUCACCUCAAGUGGGCGAGAACCCUCAAGUAUUUGAACGUCACCGACGGCCUGAAGCCAUCCAAAUUCUACCACAUCGAUUGAAGGAAAAACUUGCAACCUAUUAUUUGAUUUGUUUCUCUCUGUUUCCCUUUUUUUCGCUUUGGCCAUUCUCUUGCUCGAUCGCUUCAUCCUCAGUU